GAAGAGUGCAGCGACCGGAAGUGGUGUUGCACGGGGAGGUUCACUAGUGCGCCACCCGGAAGUACCCUGCGGUCGCUGCUGGCGCUAGGGUAGUAACCCGGGAGGCCGUGAUGGCCCCGGUGUCCCGGUCUCGAAGCCCCCAAGGGUCUCCAGGCUCCCGGCGGAAGGGCGGCAGCAGCAGCAGCUCCUCCGCGAGCCCCUCGCCCCCGAGACCCAGCCGCCCCCACCGGCCCGCGUCUCCCGAGAAGCGGGGCAGGAGGUCGCGGUCCCGGGAGCGCAACGGCUUGAAGCACUCGGGCCACCGGCGGAGCCGCAGCUGGUCCCGCUCCCGGGAGCGCACGCCGGGCGGGCCGCGCUCCUCCUCCGCUCACCACGGGCACCAUCACCACGGCGGCGGCGGGAAGCAGUGGCCGGACUACUACGAGAAGGAGAAGGAGGAGAUCCUGCGGCAGAGGAGACUAAAUGAGAGAGAGAGGAUUGGUGAACUGGGAGCACCUGAAGUCUGGGGACUGUCACCAAAGUUUCCUGACCCAGAUUCCGAUGAGCAUACCCCAGCAGAAGAUGAGGAGGCAAAAUCUAAGAAGAGUAGCUCUUCAGAUUCCAGUUCAGAAGAAGAGAAAAAGAAGAAGAAGAAAAAGGAAAAGAAAAGAAAGAGGUCCAAAAGAAAACACAGAAAGCAUUCUGGGGACAGUGACAGCGAGUCUGAGUCUGAGCUAAACACGAGUGAUGAGGAAGAUAAAAAGAAAACCAAGAAGAAGAAAAAGAAACAUAGAAAAAAGAAGUCUAAGAAAAAGAAGAGUAAGAGGAGUAGGAAGAAAUCCAGUGAUUCGAGUAGUGAAGAUUCUGAUGAUGAAGCACUUCAAGGGGACGAUCUCUGGAUUGAGAGAUCAAAAAAUACAGACGCUGAUAAUUUAAUUGGACCAGAAGCUCCAAAAAUGCAUGCAUCUCAAGAUGAUAGGCCUUUGAACUAUGGCCAUGCUUUGCUGCCUGGUGAAGGGGCAGCCAUGGCAGAGUACGUAAAGGCUGGGAAACGCAUCCCUCGAAGAGGUGAAAUUGGCCUGACCAGUGAAGAGAUCGCAUCAUUCGAGAGCUCUGGUUAUGUAAUGAGUGGUAGCAGGCAUCGCCGAAUGGAAGCUGUGCGUCUGCGUAAAGAGAACCAGAUCUACAGUGCAGAUGAGAAGAGAGCUCUGGCAUCUUUCAACCAGGAGGAGAGACGGAAGCGAGAGAACAAGAUCCUGGCUAGCUUCCGGGAGAUGGUCUACAGAAAGACUAAGGGCAAAGAAGACAAAUAACUCCUUCCCCCCCCAAUUGUACAGCACGGAUUGUAGUAAACAGUGGCUAACCUCUUCUUGUUGUGACUUGGAAACAGCUGUAAAGUGCUGCAGUGCCUUCCACCCGAUGGGAUGCAUUUCUCAGGAAUGGAUCAUUUGUAUCAAAGAAACCAUUACCCUUAGCAGGCUUUCUUGGACAACUCAUUCACCAGCUGUAGGCAACUGCCAUUAGGGGAAGUACAGAAUCCUGAAUGAGACCGAGGAGCACUCGGAGGUUCAUGAUCAUACAAGCACUGUAUUAGACCUCGAUAUGGACGCAACAGGAUACCAUCAGCUGCUGCUGGUGAAAUGAAACAUAACCAUCUUUCAUUUAUUUUGGUUAAUCAGCAUGGACAAAAUCAGACUAGACUUCACCACCAUGAAUAGGCUACUACUAGUAGCAAAAAUUAAGGAACUCCUAAAUGUCCGUUUAGAUUUGAAUAUGACUGUUCAUUUAUGAUGUACUUGUGAAAAGUUCUGUACACACUUUACAUUUAGGGUUUCCUUUUAGUUGUUUUGAGGAAGAAAACUCAUUUCAUGUCUUGUGGUUCAGACUCCAUUUGUAAAUAGGAAUAUAUUUGUAAUUUAAUAGAUAUUGGCUUCAGCUAUUUUAAAAAAAGAUCACAAGCAGUGUAUAUUAUAGAAGUAGUAACAUUAAGGGUCUGGCCUAGAACCUCCAAAAGCCCAGGACAUGAAUGAAAGAACUAAAAGCUUGUGUGCUUCUCUGCUUAGCUGUACAUAGAUAUCUCUCUCAGAUGGGGUGCAGUAGGGACCAGUGUUUGGAAGUUCUGGAAAUACAUAGGUAAUAACUGAGGAUGGAUUUUAAUUCCAGUUCUGAAUUUCUUUGCUCUUGGAAAUCUUCUAGAUUAAACCCUUAUUAUUUUA